AUGGUUAGGAAAUAUAGCUUUCCCAAGGAGCCCCAGAUUCCUAUAGCUCCAGAAGAAGUUAAGAUAGAGGAGGAGUUUGCCAUAGUAGAUGAGGAUUGGGAUCGCAUCCUCCCUUGUGCUUUCCCUCCUGAUAAUGAUGAAGUAAUUCACUGGAAGAAAGGGGACAAAAGUGUGCACAGCUACUACCACCAGAGUGAUCAGCUGAAAGACCAAGAUUCAGAUUACAGAGGGAGAACACACCUUUCCCACCAGAACAUUCCCAGUGGAGAUGCCUCCUUGGAACUUAGAAACUUGACUGUGACUGAUGAGGGCCUUUAUACUUGCUAUGUGGGAACACGGCGAACUAGAACAGAAGUGGAAGUCACGCUGCACGUGAGAGGUUAG